UGUGUAUGAUAUGUUGCUGUAAGAUCUGAACCCAAAUGGCUUACUGCUGCCUAUGUAGGUGCACUACAUCAGGUACGCAGUAACGGCACAUACAGCCCAUUUAGUGCACUUUAAGAAGCCAUUUGGGAGUUAGCCACUGGCUCGAACAGAGGUCAUCUGCAAUGUGUGAUUUAGGGCUAGAGCUUGAAAAGGGGGCAGCUCAGGAAGAAUCCAGCAGCAGGAGCAUUAAAAAGCGUGUAGGGCUCAUUGCUACUUGUGCACUCGGAGGCUCGCUGGUCGCUUUAUACGCUGGAGCUGGACCUUUCGUUGCUCCGGCGCUCAGGAAGAUUUGCCUCCCGUUCGUCCCUGCUACAAACACUCAGGUCAAAAACGUCCUCAGCGUUCUGCAGUCAAGAUCGGGGACCCUUGUGGACAUUGGAAGUGGUGAUGGACGGAUAGUUAUAGCUGCAGCUAGAGAGGGUUUCAGGUCUGUCGGCAUUGAGCUAAAUCCAUGGUUGGUGUGGUAUUCCCGUUACAAAGCAUGGAGACAAGGGGUUCAUCGCCACACCUCUUUUUAUAUCUCUGACCUGUGGAAGGUCAGUUUUUCACAGUACUCUAAUGUCGUCAUAUUUGGAGUUCCACAAAUGAUGGAGCAGCUGGAAGCCAAGCUUCAGGCGGAGCUCGAGUCCCCAGCUCGAGUGGUGGCCUGCCGUUUCCCCUUCCCCACAUGGACUCCCGAUCACGUGACCGGAGAGGGAAUUGACACCGUGUGGGUAUACGAUGCCAAGACUUUCAAAUCUCACACAACAACAGCAAAGCUGCUGAACAACAGUGAGGACAAGAAUCAUCUAUGAUGAAGUCAAAUUAAAUUAAAAAGACUGUACUUAUGCAACUGUUUUAUGCUAACUGGUUAUUGAGAUGUAUUGUUUAUCCUGGUUUUAAUUUCAAACCUUCUACAGUAACAAAUGUAAUAAAAAUACAUCUUUCUUGUCA